UUUGAAAAAAUGCUUUAAAAGGGAUAAGAGAGUUAAUCCUGCAUAUAAGCCAUAUAGGCCUUAUGCCUAAGAUAAUCACUGGCUUAAUUUAGAGAUUGCGCUCAGUUUUGCCGCGGAUAAUCUUAUCACGCGCGUUGUGUAGAUGGAAAAUGAUCAUUCUUGUUAACCCACUUGGACUAUCUACAUGAGCAAAAUUUUCGUCACAGGAUUGACUUUCUAGAUCCUGCUGGGAUUUCUGAAGCUGGGAGUGGUGUUAAAAGAGGAACAAGGCCUGUAUAUGGGGGAUUAACUAUUUUUAGCCUUAAUUAAUCCUCUCUUGUUUAAAUCUACAUGAAGUCGAAAAGUCAAAUCAAAUAUUUCAACUGGUUAGCAAGGUUUGAUCCCAGAAACCAAAAGUUUGGCGAACAAAAGAGUGACUGAUUGGUUUCCAUGGUUACUAUGUCGGCACUGAUAAAGAUUGCAAACCAGUCGAUCGAUGGUCAGCGGAGCGGGGCAGAUUUCACAGGAGUUGCUGUCGCCGGGAUCCAUUUGAGCAUUUGCUUCAGUUGUAAGGUUUCUGGGGUAGUGAAUCGAGGUCACUAGCCCCAUACGGAAUCCCCAACCUUGAGGACCAGGAUGCUGAUUAAUCCGACCCCUAUCUCACAGACCAAUCUGAGUGUCAGGCUUGUUAUAGCAAGUGGGGUCUACGCAUGGGGAAAAGGUGUGGGGCCUGGUACUCCACGUCCACAGGUUCCUUCAUUGAGCGGUCGUGGGCGGUGCGCGUGGACCGUACGUGGAGUGUAUAGGAGCAACCAAACUGCGCGCCUAAUGUAUUCCGGCUUACGGCAGAAACGCAAACGCGCAGGGCGAAAGACGACCUAGCCCUACGCAAACCACAGUACAACGGCUUUGCACGAGCACUACACAUCUUAGCCCAUUUCAAAUUCUCAACUGAAAGCAACGCGAGGAGACCAAAUUCUCAGCUUUUUCGGACACCAGUGUGUGCCGAGAUGACGAACUGACAAUCUGAACACUGUCUUUACAUGUCCGAGUCUAUAAUUAUAAUGGACUCUUGUUUUUACAAAUUGAGCUGAAAAUAGUUCGAACACUGACAAGCACACUGACAGAUCAUACCCUGCCAGUUUCCGGGUGUAGAGUCCACCGGAGUAUAAGCGGACGUAACUGUAUAUUAUUUACUUACAUAACCAUCAAAUUGUAUUAAAUCCGGAGCUUGUUUACAAAACAGCACCGUUGCUUUCACGUGUUAUUAUUCAUUCUUCUCCCUAUGUAUUAUUGUUCUCUUUCUGUUGUGUGUUGAACUUGUAUGAUCAAAUUUGGCUUAUUCAGACAUGCAUAAACAUAAUUUCGAAUCUGUGGAGACCAAGGUAAAGAAGGUCAAAGAAAGACAGAGAGGAAAAAAAAGAGUUUCAAAGUUUUUGUUGUAUAACGAUGAAGUUCAUUAACAGAAAAAAAAAUCGCGAAAACAAGCCAUUGCCAGCAUCGCUUAAUUAAGCUACGAUACUGUAGAUAGGGGCCGCUCAUGUGACAAAUAUGAUUGGAAGAGGUUGUCGUCACGAGUUGUUAUCUGGGAAUGACGUGACAGGUAUUACAAUAAUCUGGCCGCCUCAGCCACACGCAUUGCGGAGGUCGUUCGUAAUUGCGUAGUGACAAUCUUAGAGAAAUGCAAGCGUGCUUAUGGAAAACCAUCAAAAAAUGGGAAAAAAGUUUCAACUUUAUCUCAGGAAAGAAACAUUAUUCUGUAGAAUUAGUCCGCCUUAAGCGAUGGUGCGGCGAAGAGUUGUGCAUAUUUACGAACGGUUUGCAAAUUCAUCACACAACAUUUAAGCGCCUGAAUGGCUUAGCUGUGUGUAGUAGAAGCGAACAACACGCCUGGGUUUUCGACGGCCGUUCAUUUCUACUGAUGGUAGUGCCUGGAGUUUGGUCCAUGACUGAGUAUCAUUUACUAAUCGAUGGUUUACAGAUCGAGAGGGAUCUCACUCCGUCAGAGUUGUGGAGGCGGCGAGGAUGGGUGCUGGUUUAUUUUGGACUAAUCGAAGUGUUGAUUGGAAUCUUAUUGGAAUCAAUAAGAUACUUCGAAGACACCGUGCCUUAUUUUGUCUUAUGGGAACUCCUAGGCCGGGUUUUAUUAAUCUUUGGCUUGUUAAAGAUUGUGGAGGGUUUAACAUCACAUGUGGCGAUACAUUCUAAUCGUUACGGACCAGUUUACACGGUGUAAGGAAACUUUAAACCGCAUAUUACUUAUUCAAACCAUUUAAAUGCUACGGAGAAGAGAAAGAAACAAGAUGUGAUGACACAGCACAAAUCAUAAACUAACGGCACUUGUGCUGUGAGUUUAGCGAAAAAUCCAAACGACGUAACAUCGCCGUUAAACACGGUUAUACAUGUAUUAAAAUACUUGAAAUGUUGUCACGAACGGAGAAAUGUUAAGAAUAUGAACUUGUUUACAUUGCCUACGUGGAAUUCGUGUCUACAACACGGAAAUAUCUACCGCGGAACUGAGAAAAAUAAAUAAAUAAAUAAAAAAUUAAAAGGGUCGCACUUCACACUUGUUUCGCGAUCACAAUCCAUUUCUGCACAGUCAUUUAAAUUUAUGAUUUAAUUUAGACACAGCGUAAAACGCAUGCAAAUAUACGGUGCAGUGAAGUGUUUAGAAUAUUCAGGGAGCUAUGUGAAGCAAAGCGUGCAGUUAAAAAGAGACGUAAAGUAAACAACCUUUUUUUCAAUACCACUAUAAAGCGCGUUUACGGCCUUUUAGCCCGUUCAAAAGAUAAGCGUUGUUUGUUUCUUUCCAUCUCUUUAGAAACCGUACUCCUUUCUUAUCAUUCAAACCUGCGAACGGCGCCUUUAAAGAUGCCUGCCUUAAUUAUUGUUCUCAGCAACGCCUCUUUUGAAAGACCUCCACAGUAAGAAAUCACAAUAAAACCGUGUUUAUUUUAACCACGGAUGAAAAUUCUCUUUAGUAAUAUGUUAAGAAUAUCGCGCCUUUGCCACAUUCAACCACAAGCAAUGAAUUAUUUAUUUCCUCAUAUGCAAGAUAACUAUUAUAUUUCCACAAUAAUCUGUUAAACGGGUGGCUUGGAACCAGCACGCGCGAAACACGUCUCAAGCGUUCAGUGCUUCAUCGACUUUGUGUAAUUCAUUGUAUUAAACGUUCAUUAUAUUACUAGUA